CUCUCACACACUCUCUCUCCUCGACGCUUCAGUUGCGUUGGAAGCAUUCUUCUGCGUUGAUCCUAUCGUCGCCAACAUCAGCAGCAACAACCCUGCCCCUCGUGGAACUGGAUCAUGGAACCCCGCCUCGCGCUCCAGCUCGUCUCCGCACCGGUUCGUCGGGACGACGGCUGCAAGAUCGGUUCCGUUGGUUCUUAGCGGUCUUCUCGGCCAAUCCUAGAAGCUCGCUGCUAGCCGGUCUAUGGACAUUCGAGAAGACGUUCGAGAUGUUGUCCUCGCCGAGAAAAAAGCACGUGUGGCGCUUUUGAUUUUUAUGGCCGUCCUUCUGUGUUUCGUUUUUUGACAUCUUAACUACAUGAAUACAUCGGAUCUAUCCAUCCAUAUUAUGUUGCGCUGAACUAUGACCGUUUGCGGUAAACACUUCUGGCGUGAGAGCUGCACACCGCCAAAAAGGCACGAUCUUGAUCACAGGCUCUUUACCCUCUGAGCAUUGCCCCAAUGCUCGUUCGAGCAAUGUCAGAUAAUGUUCCGAUUGAUGUGGUCUACGCAUCAGAAGAAGAUACUCCAGAGUUGCGAAAUUCUACUCAGGACCAACAUAAUGCGCGAACUGAGGACCUGAGACUAGAGCAGGAUGGCAGCAAUCGAAACACGAAACCAAAUGACGAUGUCCCUCCCGAUGGCGGUUAUGGAUGGGUCUGUGUCGCCUGUGUCUUCUGGAUCAACGCGCAUACUUGGGGUGUUAAUAGUUCCUAUGGUGUUUUCCUUUCAUACUAUCUCUCCCAUAAUGUAUUCCCUAAUACGAGUGCCCUCGAAUAUGCUUUCACCGGAGGUCUAAGUAUAUCCUGCGCCAUGCUGGUAGCACCACUUGCUACAUAUCUUAUCAAUAAGUGUGGCACGCGCUUGUCGCUCAAUCUGGGAGUGUUCUUCGAGACUAUUUCCUUCAUUGGUGCGUCCUUUGCUACCAAGACGUGGCAUAUCUUCCUCAGCCAGGGCGUCUGCUUUGGAUUCGGUAUGGGCUUUCUCUUUGUCGGAACCAUUGGAAUCGCCCCACAAUGGUUCUCGCGUCGGAGAGGUGUGGCCAACGGUAUCACGGCCGCAGGCUCUGGCAUCGGCGGGCUGAUGUAUUCCCUCGCGACAGGAGCCAUGAUCCCACGGCUGGGCCUCGCAUGGACGUUCCGCGUCCUCGCCAUUGUGUGUUUCUCUGUGAACGUGGUGGCUGCUAAUUUGCUGAGGGACCGUAACAAAGCCAUUGGGAGUCGUGUAGCCGCCUUUCAUGUGCCUCUGUUCAAACGGCUCGAGUUUCUCCUCUAUCUUGGCUGGGGAAUCCUCAGCAUGCUAGGCUACGUUGCGCUCUUGUUCAGUCUGGCGAAUUUUGCACUCUCCGUUGGACUUUCACCUCACCAAGGCAGUAUUGUUAGCGCGCUGUUGAACCUAGGGCAAGGUCUCGGAAGACCUUUCGUCGGCCUCUUCAGUGAUCAAGUGGGACGUAUCAAUAUGGCAACCUUCCUCACCUUCCUCUGUGGCUUUUUCUGCUUUGUGAUCUGGAUCUUCGCCACCAAUAUGGGCGUGCUAUGUUUCUUUGCUAUCAUCGUCGGCCCCGUGGCAGGAACCUACUGGGCAACAGUAUCGUCAGUCCUCGCAGAGAUCAUCGGCCUAAAAGAGCUUCCAAGCGGAUUGAGCAUCACCUGGAUCACCCUCGUCCCUCCCACAACGGUAGCGGAAGCUAUUGCUCUCGCCCUAAGAGACAGUUCGCAGGACGGCUCUUCGUACUUGCGAGUCCAGAUUUUCACUGCCUGCAUGUACGUCGGCGCUGCAGGUUGUCUCUGGCUAGUGAGGGGCUGGAAAGUCCGCGAACUCGCAUUAAUCGAACGAAAAGAUGCUAUAACAACAUGCAGUUACCCCGUCAGUAGCUCCACGGAGAAGGAAACUGGCCUGGCUCCUGCUCAUAUCACACCGCAUAUAUCCACAGAAGACACUUCCAGAAUCAACCUGUGGGAUCCCGUCACUGUGUGGCAGGGGAUGGUAUCUUGGAAAAGAGUUUGAUUUCACCCAUACCAUGCACGUGUCUAUGUCGAAUGUCUCCGCAUGAUCUCGUUAAACCCUCCUUUAUCUUGGGUAUAUAUAUACCUCUCUCUUCCACGUGAAAUGCUCCACCGUAUGUAUAUAUAAGUUGCAUCUUCCACGUUUAUGUCAUGUGCACUGCAUCUCUUGGGCCUUUUUCGCUUUUUACGAAAUGAUACACCAUGCAGAAUUUAUGAGUCGCUGAGUAUUAAAGUAUAAUAAUACAUCGCUACGUUCUUGGCAUAUACAUAUUUCGCUGGAUAUUAGACAAGACUACAG